CUGUGUGUGAGUGGGCGGACGGGAGGGUGAGUGACAGACGUAAGGAUCGUUUCGGACGUAGAUCAUCUCUGUGACUGCUUGUUCUUAAGUCUGGAAGAGAUCGGGGUCGUGAUCACAGAAGCCAGACCUCCACUUUUCUGGGACAGAGGGAGAUUACCAGGCAUUUUAAUGCCAAGGCGGGUCAAAUGAUAAUCGCUUCUAAUUGGCAUCCUCACAAGUUCCUUAAUUAUAAAGAGCAAAAUUCUUCCUACCUUGGGAAAACGGGUUUUCUUUCCACGUCGUUAUUCUAAUAAGUACACACCAAAGCGUAAAAUCAGCAACGGCAGAGAUAUUUACAUGAAACGCUGUUCACGAAGUAUCUUUUAAUUAUUAAAGUGUGCGUCAUCUUAAAAAAUGAGAUCUGAAAAACAGAAGAAGUCAUGUGAAAGUCGAAACCAGUUGGGACGGGGUGGGACGGAGGGGGACAGUUAACUCAGAAAUAAGAUCCAGAAGUGCGAGGUGAGGUAAUAAGAACCUGGUGUGUGCAACAGUCCUAAAAUGAAAGAGAACAAAUAACAGGAACCUGGAGAAUUUGAGAACAUAAAGAAGCAUAGUAUCCAUGAAUUAUGAAGAGAAACAUGUACAAACUAGAACGGAUGGCAAAAGCUGCAAAGUACUAGCUCUGUGAUUAGAUCCAAUUCUCCAACAACAACAUCUCAGAUUAUGGCAAGAAAGAAAAGGAGAGGGAUAAUAGAGAAAAGGCGUCGAGAUCGGAUAAAUAACAGUUUAUCUGAGUUGAGACGACUGGUGCCAACUGCUUUUGAAAAACAAGGAUCUGCAAAGUUGGAGAAAGCCGAAAUAUUGCAAAUGACAGUAGAUCAUUUGAAGAUGCUUCAGGCAACUGGGGGUAAAGGCUACUUUGACGCACAUGCUCUGGCCAUGGACUUCAUGAGCAUUGGCUUCCGGGAGUGCCUGACAGAAGUGGCCCGGUACCUGAGCUCCGUGGAGGGCCUGGACUCCUCCGACCCCCUGCGGGUGCGACUGGUCUCUCAUCUCAGCACGUGUGCCUCGCAGCGGGAGGCGGCGGCCAUGACGUCCUCUCUGGCCCACCACCACCACCCCCUGCACCCGCACCACUGGGCGGCAGCCUUCCACCACCUCCCCGCGGCCCUGCUCCAACCCAACGGACUCCACGCCUCUGAGUCCUCGCCCUGUCGCCUCUCCACCGCUUCGGAAGUGCCUCCUGCCCACGGCUCCGCCCUCCUCACGGCUACGUUCGCCCACGCCGCCGAUUCUGCCCUUCGGAUGCCAUCCACGGGCAGCGUUGCCCCCUGCGUGCCACCUCUCUCCACCUCCCUCUUGUCCCUGUCCGCCACUGUCCACGCGGCCGCGGCCGCAGCCACCGCCGCGGCGCACAGCUUCCCUCUGUCUUUCACGGGGGCCUUCCCCAUGCUCCCACCUAACGCCGCUGCGGCCGUGGCAGCCGCCACAGCCAUCAGCCCGCCCUUAACCGUGGCAGCCACGUCCAGCCCGCCGCAGACCAGCGGUGCAACAAACAGUAAACCUUACCGACCCUGGGGGACAGAAGUGGGAGCUUUUUAAGUUUUCAUUGGACUUUUUGCAAUAGUAACUGAAUGUCCUUCAUUUCAGAGUCAGCUUAAACCUCUGCACCCUGAAAGUAGCCAUACAGAUGUCUACAGAUCCACAAAGGAACAAUAAAGCUAUUUGAGACACAAAC